GAGAAGGCGGAGCUACGCGAGGGGGCGUGGCCAAUAGGUUUCUCUCGCUGCCUCCUCGCCUCGGAGCGUGUCUUUGAAACAAAAUGGCGGAGGGUAUUGCUGGCAUCCUCUUUGACUGAAGGAAGGUUUGGAUUCUAGGACAUCUCUUAUGUUGCUGGUUGUAGCACAGAGUCUUAAUUUUUGAAAGUCUGAAGCCAGAAAAGUACCAUCAUGGCCAGUAGUGCUUCCCAACCCUGCAUGAACCAUUGUCUCAAAGUCACUUUCCCCAACGAUCUAGUUUCUAGGGGCAAGAGGCCCUCUGAAGAGUUUGAAGAGGAGGACCAACCAGGCAGAAAGAGAUGGUGCUCUUCCUCUCCUUGUCUUUCGUCCCCAAACAAUGGGCUGGCACCUUCUCUGCCCCACUUCUCACCUCCUGGGGAUUACUGUGAUGACAGUGAUGUGGACGAUUCCUACCUGGAGCCUUCUUCUGGGGAAAAGCUAGACUCUCCUACAGGCCUCUCUCUUGAGGAGGAGUACAAUCUCAUAUUUGAUGAUGAUUCAGAGACUUCUUCAUGUGCUAGAACAGUUGGGCUCAACACCCACAAGGAUAAUCGUGCACAGACUCUUAGGGCGUUCAAGGAGGAGGAGAAGGGCACGCAUGUGGAGCCUCUUCAUCCAGUUGGGUCUUCAUCCUGCAAGAAAACCUCUGGGUGUCCAGAGAGUGUGAAUGGCCUGAGCAAGGGCUCCCAAAAUCAAGCUGGAUUUGAUUUGGGUUCCAAGGGUCCUUCGCCUCCAGAAGCUGCUACUGUGAAUCUGGAGAAAGGGAAUGAUGUGCUUGGGGUCACAGAAAAGGGAUCUGCUCAGGCAGUGAGAGAGACCAAUGCAGGAGGCGAAGGGCCCUCAGUUGGACAGGCUUCCACAGAUAAAAAAGGGCCAGGAGGGGAGAAUACAAGCUCUGUUAGGGACAAAAGAGAAAAUCAUGUGCAAGAUUCACACACCAGAGAGCCAAAGAGGCCUAGACGCAUAUGCAUCCGCGAGACAGACCUCGAGUCAAGCAAAGAAAAAUACAUCAACGCUGUGCUUAACCAUGCUUGUGGGAAGCCUGUCAUAGGUGAAGUCAAUGAGAUGCUUGCGCUGAUGCAAAAAGUCGCUUCUGAAUAUCAAGGAUACAGUUCUCAGCACACGACAGACCUGACUGUAAGGAACUACGCACAGCGCAGUAAAAGCACAAUCAAGGCAUUUAGCCUUUCCCAGUGGGUUGACUGGAACGGCCGCAAUGUCCGUCGGUUUGAGUCUGUCCCAGACAUCUUCCCGCGCAGCCCAAUCCCAAGCUAGAAGAAGCCUUGGCCCUGGAGUGGAAGCUAUUGUUUUUAUGCUGCACUUUGAAAAUUCAUUCUAUUGAUCUUAUUUUAUUUUUUUAAUAUGAAAGCUAGGUUAAGCCUAAAUCCAACUGCUAGUUGCUAUUAGAAUAAACCCAUUGAUUCAGUAAAAUAUAUGUAAGUAUUGGCUUACCAUUCAGCAGUUGAGUGAGUGGGUCUGUCUUAGUUGGCACUAGAAGUUAGGAUUUAGGGCUUGGUGUUUGUAUUUUUGUUAGAAAGACUUGUCCUGGAACUUCCUCGCUGCCUUAUGUUUGUUUUUGGGAGUUCUUUGGACUUUCACUAUUCUGUAAUAUAUUGCACUGUGAUAAACUUUGUCUUUUUAGUA